AUGACAGUUUUGGGAGCUACAGCAAAUGUUAAUUCGAAAAAUAGACUUAUAGUUGUUCAUGCUGGGUCAUCAACGGGUUUCCUUACGGGUGCUUUACUAGUAUAUAAAGCAUCAACAAAAAGCGGCGACUAUCACGGGCAAAUGAACUAUGAAAACUUUAAAAAAUGGGUAUUGGAAAAACUUCUUCCAAAUUUGCAACCAAACAGUGUCGUAUGCAUGGAUAAUGCACCGUAUCAUACGACUGUCGAAAACCCCACUCCAACGAAGUAUUCUACAAAAAAAGUUAUGAUAGACUGGUUGAAAAACGGAAUACCCUACGAUCAAAAAAUGCGAAAAGCGGAACUGUUCUCUCUUAUAGACAGUAAUCGUCCAAAGAAAAUUGUCUAUAAAAUUGAUAAUUUAAUAGAGAAAGAAGGACAUGAAGUUAUCCGACUCUUCCCUUAUCAUUGCGAUCUGAACGCAACCGAAUUUGUGUGGUCCUCUGUAAAAAGAAUAAUAUAG